ACACCGGGUGUGGUAAAGGAAAUUUUCAAACACACACACACGCAUUCACCGAAGGGGGUGAUAAGCGAGAAACGCGAAAAGAAAAGGGACAGUAAACCAACACAGGGUGGUGCAGUUCGUGGUGUGUAGUGAUCGUCUUUGGUGCAUUCGUUCGCCCCAGGACGCCAGACACAAAGAAACGCUAGAAUAUCGCCCCCAUUUUCCUUCGAACGGGACAAACAAGCGGCUCGUAGUGUGCCCGGCGGGGAAAACUGUUAGGAAAAACGAACGAACCGAACCCACGGUGUCAGGAGCAGUUGAACGCGAUGGCGGAAGUGAUCGACCUAGCCGGUGGCGGCACCAGCGGCCUCACUAACAAUCUGCUCGAUGAUAACAACAGGAAAAACGGCUCAGUCCGGGUGCAGAUCGUCCCGUCCCAGCCGAAGACGCUCUCCCAUCUGCCGACGAGACCCCCGGUUGAUCUGGCCUUCCACAAUCUAACCUACCGGGUCAAGGAAGGACGUCGCAACAAUGUGAAGACCAUCCUGAAGGAAGUCAGCGGCAAGUUGCGGUCUGGCGAGCUGACCGCCAUCAUGGGACCUUCCGGCGCUGGCAAGAGUACGCUGCUGAACAUCCUUUCCGGAUACAAGACCACAAACAUCGAUGGAUCGAUCACGAUGAAUGGUAAGGAGCGCAACCUGAGCCAUUUCCGCAAACUCUCCGCCUACAUCAUGCAAGACAACCAGCUGCAUGCUAAUCUGACUGUGGAGGAAGCGAUGAACGUGGCGACCAGCUUGAAACUCAGCCAGAAGGUGGAGAAAAGCGAGAAGCAGCAUGUGAUCAAGGAGAUUCUGGAAACACUCGGCCUGGAGGAGCACCGUCCCACACUGACCCGGAACCUAUCGGGAGGACAACAGAAGCGUCUGUCAAUCGCACUUGAGCUGGUGAACAACCCACCGAUUAUGUUCUUCGACGAGCCGACAUCGGGUCUGGACAGCUCGACCUGCUUCCAGUGUGUGAGCUUGCUGAAGUACUUGGCCCGUGGUGGUCGCACGAUCAUCUGCACGAUCCAUCAACCGUCGGCACGUUUGUUCGAGAUGUUCGAUCAGCUGUACACGCUUGCGGAUGGGCAGUGCGUGUAUCAGGGCAGCACCCGACAGUUGGUGCCGUUCUUGGGUACGCUCGAUCUGGAGUGUCCGUCAUAUCACAACCCGGCCAGCUACGUGAUCGAGGUGUCGUGCGGUGAGCACGGAGACCACACGCGCAAGCUCGUCAAUGCGAUCGAGAACGGCAAAAAGGACAUCCGUACCGAGCACGACUUCCCGGCGCAGAAGAACAAGAAGAAUGAGAACGCUGUCAAUGGAAAUGCCAAUCUGAAGGUGAAUUAUGAGCGCAUGAACGGUGGUGCGAACAAGUACGCAGAUAAUCUGAACCUCGGCGGAAAUGGACUGCUGCCACCGUCGAUGGUGAACGAUAUUGCGAAGGAGACGGAAACGAUCAAGAUCGCGGUUGAGCCAGAGCGGGAACCAGAGGUGAACAGUGCGCUGUUGCCUGUUGAAGGAACGGCUGAAAUUGAUCAUUCACCGGAGCGCUACCCAACCUCGGAGUUCCACCAGUUUUGGGUUGUGCUGAAGCGAACACUGCUGUUCAGCAGACGUGAUUGGACUCUCAUGUACUUGCGUUUGUUUGCUCACAUCCUGGUCGGCUUCCUGAUCGGCACGCUGUACUACGAUAUCGGUAACGAUGGCGCCAAAGUACUCAGCAAUCUUGGCUUCCUGUUCUUCAACAUGCUGUUCUUGAUGUACACGUCCAUGACAAUUACCAUUCUAUCAUUCCCUCUCGAGAUGCCAGUGUUGCUGAAGGAAAACUUCAACCGGUGGUACUCGCUGCGAUCGUACUAUCUUGCCAUUACGGUUUCUGAUAUACCAUUCCAGACAAUUUUCUGUGUAUUCUACGUCUCGAUCGUGUACUACUUCACGUCGCAACCGCUCGAGUGGUUCCGUUUCGCAAUGUUCCUCGGCUCUUGUCUGCUCAUCUCGUUCGUGGCACAGAGCGUCGGUCUUGUAGUCGGUGCCGCAAUGAACGUCCAGAACGGUGUGUUCUUGGCACCGGUCAUGUCCGUACCAUUCCUGCUAUUCUCCGGCUUCUUCGUGUCCUUCGACGCCAUUCCGAUCUACCUGCGAUGGAUCACGUAUCUCUCCUACAUCCGCUACGGUUUCGAGGGAACUGCUCUGGCCACCUACUCGUACGGGCGCGAGAAGCUCAAGUGCCACCAGGUGUACUGCCACUUCAAGUCGCCUACGACCACACUCGAGGAGCUGGACAUGCUGGACGCUAACUUCACGCUGGAUAUCGUAGCUUUGAUCAUCAUCUUUAUCGUGCUGCGAGUGGCCGCCUUCCUGUUCUUGCGCUGGAAGCUGAAGACCACCAGAUAAAUGGGUCUGUGUAAGGGAACGGUUAUGCGUUUUUGAAAAGUUUAAAAGUAACGAAGAGCUUAAUGACUGUCUCUUCCCAUACACCCGAUGCUAUCGUAGCGUAAGCCAAAGUAGUGUUUAAUGUUUUGAUGUUCUUACAUUACUGUACCAAAAAACAAACAAGAAAAAAAACAUGAUCAGAUAACGAAUAGCAGAGGAACGUACGAACAGUGAUGCAAGCCGGCGGUUAUUAGUUAAACUGUGCCAAUGGCUAGUGAACGUAAGAAUAGCAGCGUAUGGAAAAGUUAUUGGCGAAUAGGAGCAGACAAGAAAUUGAAAGGCAUCGUAAUGCAAGAAAAUAACAUAUCAACACCUUAUCGUCCAGACCGUAAACAUCGAACCGCAGAACUCGAUGCCAAUGGCAGGAAAAUUCCCCGCUAACAACGGCACGUGCCUUAUUGGGAGCCUUUUAUUGGCGAUUUGUAUGGCGUUCUACACCAUAUCAGCACCAUCUCCCCUAUACAGCCUUUGGACCGAUUUGUCUGUGCUCAUCCUUUGGUAUACCCUUUUUGCUAAAUGACUUUUACAGAUAAGGCUCAAUCGCACUGUGACGUGCGAACAAGCAUUGCAUUAGCUCGUAGUGGAAGGGGUUUUCUAUAACUGAUAUUGCAUAAAGAGAGAGGUAUACGUUAGAGCAACAGAGCAGAAGUCGAGAAAGUAUAAAUGUGAUAACAUUUCAACGAAAGCAAUUACAUGAUGAUGAAGCGUUUUUGAACGAUAGCGAUUUGUUAGCAAAACGAGUAGUGAAAACAUAAUAAAAAACGUGUAAAAGAAAUAAAAUAUUACAAUGGUGGUU